GGACUGCGUGUUGGUGGUACUCGUGUGUGGGAGGGAGGGCUCUUCCCGUGGUCGGCUUCUUGUGUGGCGAGACAGUCUUGAGUUUGAAAUAUCAGGCGAACAUUCCGCCGAAUGAAGCGAGAAUCAUCAUCGGCAGGCAAAGUGCGGAGCGGAGUCUGAAGGAGAUGACUCGCCACUCAGGAUAACGACGUUCCGGCUUGGCGCCUUUCAUCUCCGCAGCCGUUUCGAUUAAAAGCCGAGGAGGAGGUGUCCGUGCGAACAGCAGCAAAGAAACCUUUGGCGUGGUGCCACCGCACCGAAGCGGCGAUGAUUCCAAAAGAUUGCUAAUGAGCGAUGAUCCACGGGGAAGCCCGGGCGGGCCGUGCGGUGGCCUCAUCGCGAGGAGCGUCGGUGACACGCGGCCACCGCGGCCGAGCCGCGGCCCCCGGUCUCCCCGCCGGCCGCGGCGGGCGGCACGAGGUCCGGAGCGCGGCGCGCAACGGUCGGCUGGAGGGGCGACCCGAAGCGACGCGGCAAUAGCGGCUAACGAGACCGCGGGAGGUAGACGCCCUCCUUCCUCCAGUGAGAGACGGCCCGAGCUUGCGCCACGAAAUGUACUGCCCCACGCGGCGCUCAGGCGCUGGCAUGUUAUUGCGCAUCACCGUCCCUCGGUGCACACAGGUGCGAUAAACUGAUACACAAUGUCCUCUGUUUAGAUUAUAAAGGGCUAUAGAAAAGGAAAUCGGACUAAUGAUUUGCGUGCCUUGCACGAUGCACACACAGGAGGCCGUCGCGCCUGCGACGUCCGCGCUUGGAGUCCCUGCGGCAUGACCCGUUCGCGCAGCGCGCCCCACUGCACGCGCCAAGAGCCUGGAUGUGCCACGGAUUGCCAGCGUGGACGAGAUUAGAGCCAUGAGCAUGGCGGAUGCCGGCUAUUUACUGCUGUCUGCUCUCGCAAACAAUGUGAGCGUGCCGGUCGGCGGCCGCUUUCCCACGACGCGCGGCGGCGGUGUCGCGACGGCGACGGCGCCGGUGGUGGCAGCAGCGCCCUGGGAGCCACGGCACCUCCUGCGCGACGGCGCCGCGGCCGCCCACCCGGGCAACCGCGCGGACCGCGCCAGCGCCCUGAACUCCUCCGUGCAGACGCUGAUCGCGGGGCUGCUGUCCGAGCAGAGCGUGCCACCCUGGGGCAACGCCACGGUGCCGGCCUCCACCGCUUCGGCUCCGACGCCGACCCCGGUGCCGGGCGGGGGCGCCCAAAACUGCGGCGCCGGCGGCGGCGGCGCCGGCGGCGGCGGCGGCGCCAACUGCACGGUGCUGUCGCCGGGCCUGGCCUGCGUCACCGCGGGGGCCGUGGCGGGGCCCGACGGAGCCGAGCUCAACUGGCCGGCGCUGCUCUUCCUCCUGGUGGUCGUGCUGACCGUGGGCGGCAACCUGCUGGUCAUCCUGGCCGUGUGGCUCGAGAAGAAGCUGCAGACGGCGACCAACUACUUCCUCAUGUCGCUGGCGGUGGCCGACCUGCUGGUGGGGCUGACCGUGAUGCCCAUCUCCGUGAUUAACAUCCUCUACAACAUGCGCUGGCCCCUGCCGUGCGAGAUGUGCCCGGUGUGGGUCUUCCUAGACGUGCUCUUCUCCACCGCCUCCAUCAUGCACCUGUGCGCCAUCUCCCUCGACCGCUACAUCGCCAUCAAGAGGCCCAUCCAGCACAGCCGCUUCAACUCGCGCAGCAAGACGCUGCUCAAGAUCACCGCCGUGUGGGCCAUAUCUAUCGGCAUCGCGAGCCCCAUCCCGGUGCUGGGCCUGCAGGACCAGCAGCACGUCUUCGUGAACGGCGCGUGCGUCUUGAACAUCCAAAACUUCGUCAUCUACGGCUCGGUGGUCUCGUUCUUCCUCCCGCUGCUCAUCAUGGUCGUCAUCUACGUGCUCACCAUCCGGCUGCUCCGCGGGCAGGUCGGCCUCAUGGAGGUCAGCCGGGGCGGCAGCUCGGUAUCGGCCGUGACGUCGGCAUCGACCAGGAGGGGCAGCGAGCACCAGCGCGUCGUCUUCCGCCACGAGGAGACGCUGGAGCGCCUGCCGACGCUGCUCGACGGCGAGCGGUCGAGCGCGGUCGGCGGCGCCGCGGCCGCCGUCGCCGCCGCCUCGAUGGGCACGCUGCGCAGGACGCAGGCGGCGCACAGCCGCUCGGCGCAGGCGCUCGGCAACGAGCGGCGCGCCUCCAAGGUGCUGGGCAUCGUCUUCACGCUCUUCCUCGUCAUGUGGUGCCCCUUCUUCGUCACCAACGUGACGUCGGCGCUGUGCCCCGAGUCGCUGUGCAGCGUCGAGGCGAUGGCCAAGCUCAUGGACGUCUUCGUGUGGGUGGGCUACGUGUCGUCGGGGGUCAACCCGCUCGUCUACACGCUCUUCAACCGGACGUACCGCCAGGCGUUCCGCCGCUACGUCGCCUGCGACUUCCGUCGCGCGCGCCACCGCCACCGCGGCUCCUCCAAGGAGCUCGCGCAGGCCACGGUGCCGGGCUCGCACCGGCGGGCGUCGCUCGCGCCCAACGGGCGCCUGCGCUCCGUCGACGGCGCCGCCGUCGUCGGCGCCGGCCACCACCACAAUGGCCACCGGCACCGGCGGUUGUCGGAGGCGGCCGCCGCGCAGGCGGAGUGGUGCGGCGUGGCGUCGGCGGACGCGGUGCCGGCGCAGGUCGCCCGGCACGGCUACGAGGGGACCAGCUGCGUGUGACUCGGCGGUUGGUGGCGGCGGCGCCGUGACCGCGUGUGUGCACUUAUACGACGACUGGUUUUGCCGUUUGCGACCGAUGGGGGAAAAAAGCCACUGCUCUACGGGAAAGGGGACUGCAGCUGCCGAGUUUAUGUUUUGCACGCCUUCGAUCUGUUUUUGUCUUUCAGGUUCAGUAGAACCUCGUUUUGAGAAUUUCAGGGUUCAUGAAGGGUGCUUUUCGUGAGGUGUUUGUUACGUUUUACUUCUCGCUCCAUUUAUUGAUGCAUUGAAUCCAUUUGGAACUCUCACGAAGCAGCCUGCAACAUGCGUCAGAGAAUGGCCGAAGGAAAAUAAUUUUCACGGAACAAUCCUUCCAGGUGGCCUCUUAAGCUGUAAACGGUCGGGAACGCAAUUUCCACAUUCCUUUCCGCAAUGAGAUUGUUUGUCGCACGGCAGUCAAAGUGAUACCUUUAAUUAACAAAGAGCUGAAGUUCAAUCGAAUCGAGUGCAUAAUCAAUUAGAACGGGGGGUUGUUUGUUCGUGUGGUCAUUGGUGACUGCCGGGUUGAGAUCAUCAACUCAUCUUGGGAACCCAGUUGUAGUCAUCGGGUGGCUCCUGUGACCCGGAUUCAAGCCCAGCAUCUCAAAUCUUGACUUAAAGCUUUCGUGACUGCAGGAAAUCAUAUUCGUUGGGUCUUUCGGCAAAGUAAAAAAUAAGAAUUUAUUAUGUUAUGUUAUUUUCUUUCAACCCAGCAUCUCAGUUUUGCAAUUCGAGGUCACGACUCGAUUCAAAGGCUUGGCUUCGUUUUGGCAUUUUGGCGGAAGUGGAAUCUCUUCAGGGGUCACGGGAACUGAUGCCACGCGUACGAAUGGAGCGUAAUCGAUUAUUAAAGGCACGAUCCGAUGCGCGUAUUGCGAGAUAGGUAAUUGGGUUUCAAAAUCUACGGUCAGUCGAGUCCAGUGGUCACUCACAAUCAAUCGUUUCAAGCAGCGGUUCUCAGAGUGCGGUCACCGCACCGCCGGCGGUCCACGAUGCUCCUCCAGGUGAUCCGCGGGGCUGUGAUGCAAACACAGCUUCUUAAUCUGGACAAUAAAGACGACGUUUGGAACUUUUGUUACCGAUGUUAAUAUUAUACUUAUUUAAUAAAAAAAUGAAGUCCGGUAAACUACACAGAUUAAACUAGCCUCACCAUGACAUAUAAAUGCCCCCACUCUAAAAAAACCUUUUGGCUGCAUUUAAAAAAAUAAUGUUUUCAUGUUCCGGUAAUAUGAAUCAUGUUGUAGUCAUGGUAUUUAGAGAGAGAGAGAGAGAAGUCAAUGCUUUUUGUCACCAGGGGAGUGGGCUGAGUGGUCCGAGGGGACAAACAAGGUUGAGAAACGCUGCAUGAGAGAAACAUUGGUCUAAAACACUGGGGAUCGCUCCUCUAAGAAUUUAUUAUUUUUAAAACAUACGCACAAUACACAACGUCUUGAGGUGAUAACACGUUGGACCAACGGGAUUUCUGCGUACGGCCGGUGUGGAUGUUGAGCGACAGCUGCAGCGUCACGGCGACGAGGCGGUUGAGGAGUAGCGGAGCGGUGCGUCGCUGCUGCUGCUGCUCCUCCUCCGUGUUUGUGAGCCGGCCAUCGAGUCGUUCUCUAUGCCCCUGGGUUCUGCUGAGGGUGACCAAGGUCGCCACACACUGCCAGAGAGAUUUUCAUCUUCCGUCCGUGCUUCGUCAUCAAUAAGUGUCCGCAUCGGCUGCUGCCAUGGUUUGCGUGACGAUGCGGCUCCGGGGGUUGUUGAUCCCGGCGAGCCUCGCGGAAGAUCGAAGCUGGCCGGGGUUAUCCCACGACGACAAAACGGAACCAAUGGCGAAGAUGAUGAAAACGAGUCGGCGAAAAUGAGACGAGAAAAAAAUCGAUUCGAAUCGUGGGUGCCCCCAAAUCGUGACGAUUCAUCGAAAUUCCCGGGAGGGGGAGGGAUGGUGUAUCAUCACAUGACCCGUUCGUUACCCCUGGUAACCUCAUUUUUACCACUCAAUGCUCUGUACAUAGGUGAACGGGAUACGGGUUCUCACACAACUUGUGUGUGAGAAUGUAUUUAGACAGACAAGGUUCUAUUCGACCAUAGAUCAUCUCCUAUUCAUGACAAAGGUCUUCCAGCCUCAACCGUUACCUGCAAACGUAUUAUUCCAUCCCCUAUAUUAAAUCACUUGUAUAGUAUUUAUUUGUUAACCUGUCGAAAAGAAGAGACGGUUAGGGAUCGAAUUUCUCCUGAUAUUGUAGGGGGAUGCAAGUUACAUUGUUCACAGGUCCUGCCAUUAUCUCGGUAUAAUGACGGAAGUUUAUCGUAUUUACACUAAGACCACAGUGUCAUUUCUCCAGGAAUAAUUUCCUGGGAAGUUGCGGGGGGUGGGGGGGGGGGUCGUUGAAAUAUUUUCUAGAGCUCAGCCCCGGACAGCUCCCGCUGAAAUGAAAACGUUCUUGAAGCAAACAAACGGCACCAUCGGUCGGCCCAAACCGCAGCCUGCUGCUCGAGCUGCACCCCAUGGGGCUCCACACAAAAUUGUGAAUCAACUCCCGAGGUGUUUUAACUCCUGCUGGGAGAGAAUGAAAUGUACCACUUUACAGAGGGCAAAUGGGAAACAUUGCACCAUUGACUUCUGUGUCAGUUCGCCGCGGAAGUAAAAUGUGCGCCGUGUUCCCUCGUUCGCCCGACACAGCCAGUUCAGAAAGUUGUCACGUGUUGAACCGACGUGGCCGACUGACGACUCCUCUUUCAGCAGCAGCAGCAACACCCGCCGGUGUCGCGAUCGGUGCUGCGAGAUCUGACCGUGUCCGUGCAGCGCUCGCCGAGCUGCAUUGACUUGCCGAACGAAUAGUUUGUUAUAAGGUCGCACUGAUUACACACAAAGUGCUUGCCACAUUGAACCACAGUAUCUUGUUGAUCUUGUCAAGGAGCAUAAACCAUCACGUGAACUCCGGUCAUCCUCGCAAGCAGCUGGCUUUUGGCUGGUCAUCGACCAAGGACGGUCACCGCAUCGCACGCUUUCAGAUGCGCUUCUGCGGCCAUCUGGUACGCUCUUCCAUUUGAUAUUAGGAAGCCACUGGAGCUAUGCACUUUUAAAUCUAGAUUGCUCAUUUCUUUAGAACUGCUUUUUGUGUUUAGUUUGUUGUCCUUCCCUUGCACCUCCGAUUGGCUAUGUAUGGUGUGAAAGAAGUUCAACAUACGUACACCGGUGGGUUUACAGACUCUCUCUCUGGUAGUUUAAACCGGCAUCAUCAGGCAGUUGGAUUGCUUUCCAACAUGAUCGCUGGUGCUGCUGAAGCCGGUAAUAAAUUGCAACGUUUGUUCAUCAACUUUAUUAAUUGCCUGUGUCGGGUGGAUGAGUGUGUACGAUGCACAUUUUACUUUGCGCGAUCUUACCCAAAAAUAAUUUAUGAGUCGUAAUAUUUGUCGCGAAAGCCUACGUGUUAAUAUGAAGUGGAGAAAAAACGGCAAAAGGAGAUUCCCUCCUGCCCAUUGCAAGGCUCAUUAAAAUCAACCACAGCCGAGGUAGCCUUGGUGGCUUGGUGCAUACACACUGAGCCAGUACCGUUGAGGGCCUGGGUUCGACUCCAGGGUGUGAAGCUAGCCACCAAUGACUGCGCACACAAAAAACCGUCAUACUAAAUUUGGUGUAUCGCUAAAACGCUGGCUUGAACCCAGCUCCGAGAAACACCGACUUUAGAGUUUUUUACUGCCAUGCAACAAAAGUUUAUCUGGUCGCAGGGUGUGUCGGAACGCGCAGCACCCUUUAGUGCGUGAAGGGAGGUCACUUGCAGGGAUCUCAGAAGUAGUUCUGUGAUAUCCCCAUCCACGGGCCGUUUUCCAAUGCAGGGGAUGACGCACUCCCGCUUCGGGAGAGAGUUCUAAAUGGGCACGCCGUCUCACCACCACACGACUCCGACAAGCACAAAUAGCAGUGACUUUGUGAAACGGGAAAAAAACUAAAAGUUUACAAAAAAUAUCAAAUGAAAACGCUUUACAUGGAACAAGCAGGAAUCAGUUGCCAGGCGAAAUAUCAACCACAUCAACCGCCACUGUCAAAAGACCGCUGAGUUGUUAAAGAGCACAUCAAAGACGAUCGCCGUCACGGCACGCUUCCCGUCAUAGCUUGCCUUGCAGAAGUCAUAACCGUGGGCGUAGCGGGCCGACACCCAUCGAUUAAUCACCGAUUCUUACGCUCGCAUUGCACACGUCGAUUCGCAUGACCCCUGCUGAGCAAUAGAGGCUGCUACCAUUCACCGUAAUAUAUUGUUACAAAAACAAUAUACAACACACGAAUCUUGAAUAGAAUGGUAACUCUGAAGCGUCGCGGGGGGAAGAGUCGUUUCAGUCCAUGAUGUUGUGUUUUCCCGUAACGCAAAACCGCGGAGGUUCUUCGCGGUUGCGCCGCACACAAUCUGCGAUGCGCUCUCCCGGUUGAGCCGCGCGGAACAUCAGCACGACGUCCGACGUUUCCGCUGCCGUCCAUUGAAUUCAGUUCAUUUAAGAAGCUCCCCCUCUGGCGUGUUCACGUGCGGAGCGAAACGUCGGACACGUCGCGCCAACAAAACCACGCCGCGACACGGCCGCGAUAAGGGCAUCGGAGAGCUUCCAUCGACUGUAUUUGUCGUUCAGACCCAAAACAUCUUCACUGCCACCUCUUUGAAGCCACGGUGUAAAACGAGAAUGAAAAACAAAUCGGAGCGUUUGCUCCAGUCUGCGUAAUUUAAGUGGGUCUUUCCGCGCGACGAGGUCUCGGUGUAUGCACAAUGUACAUAUAUACAUUACAAAGAAGACGUUUAUAUUUCCAAGCACUUGUGUAUAUACCCGGUGCUCUCUACGUACAGUAUUUAAAAUAAAUAUAUGAAAUUAUAAAAGGCAGAGUACAAUGCGAAUGUAAUGAAUUGCCAUUUUUGUUGUUGUUGAGGAAGCCGUUUCAUGUUGUCAAUGAGAC